AUGGGAUUUCUGCACGUUGCCAUUGCCCUCGUGCCACUUUCGUGGAUGGCCUCUAAUCUUUGGGCGCUUUACCACAACUACCAAGCUGCCCGCGCAUCGGGCUUGCCAAUUUUAAUAUGCCCGUUCGACCCAGAGAAUGUGUUCUAUAUCAUCGUUAGCGUGCCGCUGAGACCGGUAUUUGAGCGCGUCUUACCCGCGGCUUUCUACGACGCAAUCAAAGUCACGAUAUUCGGAUGGGAGUUCAGGGACAAACAUGAUCUCCAUGAUCGGGUUGGACCUGCCUUUAUUCUUGUUACGCCUGCCAUAAAUCAGCUUUUGUGCGCAGAUCCCGCGAUGGCGCAAGUGAUACUUGCACGGAGGAAGGAUUUUGUCCAGUCACCUACAGCAUCCAAAGUUAUGAAUUUUUUAGGGGAAAAUAUCGUCACGGCCGAUGGAGAAUCCUGGUCGAGACAACGUCGCAUCGUCGCACCGAGCCUGAACGAGCGCAUCAGCGAGGUCGUCUGGAAGGAGAGCACGGAACAGGCGAACCAGAUGGCCGAUUUCAUGCUUGGCAUGCCCAAAGGCGAGUCACGCGACACCAUCGAAGGACUCCGCGUUAUUGCCGUCAACGUUCUUGGCCAGGUUGCUUAUGGCCAGCCGAAGCCCUUUGGACGUAUGGAACUGCCUAGGGACCCAGAUUCGAGCAUGUCAUAUAUCGAUGCGAUCUCGUUGUGUACAGAACAACUCGUCGUGGCUGCUCUAGUACCAGCAAGACUCCUGCGCUUGCCAGUGCUACCCAAACCACUACAGACGGUCGGGGCGGCACUCCAAAAUCUUCCAGACCUUACCAAGAAAAUGCUGGAUCAGGAACGGCGACGCACUGUCGCAGGUGUUGGUGCUCCUGAUAAUAUCAUGAGUAUGCUCGUUCGCCUGUCAGACCAAGAGAAGGGCAAGAGGCAUGACAAGCUACUUGGGAGAGCAAAUCAAUAUCUCACAGAGGAGGAAAUUGCAGGAAACUUGUUUAUCUUCACUGCAGCGGGCUUUGAUACAACUGCUAACACGAUGGCCUAUGCUAUCACCCUCCUCGCUGCAUACCCUAAAUGGCAAUUGUGGGUACAGGAUGAGCUGGACUUUGUCCUGAGUACGCAGAAAGGAAGUGAGGUGCCCGAGUAUUCCACGACUUUCCCGAAACUAACGAGAUGCUUGGCCUUAAUGGUAACUCCCCUCCCGCCUCGAGCUUCUAUGCACAUCGCUCGCAGCAUCCAAACGACACAGUCUAUCACAGCAAAUGGCAAAACCUACCACAUCACUGGGCCUUGUACCGUCUACAUUAACAUCGCCUGUCUGCACACCUACCAAUCUAUCUGGGGAGAAGACUCAGCCUCAUUCAAUCCUUCCCGGUGGCUCACUCCUGGCUGUACAGUAGAAAACACUCAGCUCAUCACACCAGAGCGGAGCACAUUCCUCCCAUGGUCCGGUGGUCCUCGAGCCUGCCCUGGCCAGAAGAUGUCCCAGGUAGAAUUUGUGGCUAUCAUUGCUACGCUCUUUCGGACUUGCAGAGUGGAUCCAGUAGUGAAGCAGGCGGAGAGUAUGGAGCAGGCGAGGGAAAGACUGGUGAAUUUGAUGCAGGAUAGCCAACCGAGGCUGACGUUGCAGAUGAACACGCCGAAAGAAGUGCAUUUGAGAUGGCUGAAGCGAUGA